UGCGCCGCUAUAAAUACCGGGGCCGCGGGCGGCACGGGCACCCGACUCGGUACCACCCGGGACCUCGUCACCCACCGUAUCCAGGGACCCACUCACCAGGUACAGGGAUCCACUCACCAGGGACCCACUCAACCUCAAGAAGCAGGGACCCACUCACCAGGGACCCAUUGAACCUGAAGAAGCGGGGACCCACUCACCAGGGACCAGGGAUCCACUCACCCUCAAGAAGCGGGGACCCACUCACCAGGGACCCACUGAACCUGAAGAAGCGGGGACCCACUCACCAGGGACCCACACUCAGCCUCUGGGUUACAGUGACCCCUACAGCGGGACCCAACCAGCCACCACCACCCCGCCCCUGCCAGGAGUCGAUCGCUCACAGAGGGACCCCACGCGCGUGUCGGGGACUUGCCCAGCGGAGUACGGCGGCGUCAGCGUGGGAGCCAUGGGCAGGCGCGAACCGUCGGUGAGAGGUCCACUCGCCCACCUCGCACACCUCUUCAGCAUCAUCCUCCUCGUCCUCCCCCUGGUCCCGACCUGCUCGGCACAGGGCGCCUCCUCCACCAGAACUGUCUCCGUGGAAGCUGCACUAAACGUUUCGCUGCUCAACUGCAACCCCUCCGAUGCCCUCCGCCUCGGCCACAAAGCCUGUCUCGUGUGCGAGGACUCCGAUGGGCCCAUCAACUCCACGGUCACGUGGACGAGGAACAAUCAAGUCGUGGCGACGACCGACGCCGUGGUCUGUCUCGUGGUGACCCAGGCGGACGAGGGAGUUGUCUUCAAAUGCUCCAAGGGGACUCGGACGGGGCGGCGGCGUCUCGCGAUCACCGUUGACCCGUGCGAGAUCCCCCCGCCUUCGGAGCAGACGGUUCAGUCAACGCGGCGCACAGACGUGACGCUCACCUGCAACAUCUACAGCCGCCCACAACUGGCUCCAGGAGAGGUGCAGUGGUGGGUCGGGGAGGGCUGCAGCGAGGCGCUGUCCAACAGCGAGGGCCGCUACUCGGUGUCGUGGAGACCCGACUCCUCCUCGCUCUCCAUCACGCGCGCCACGGACACGGACUCGGGGCGCUACUGCUGCGUGAUCAACGGCACCUCCGGCACGUCCUCGCCCACGCCCUGCCAGCAGACAUUCGUCCUCAUCGUGGAGGGUGAGCCUCUGCCCAUUGGCGCCAUCGUGGCCGCCUUCGUGGUGCUGGGGUUGACGCUGCUGCUGAUGGCGUACGCGCACCGAGACCGCGUCUUCACGCCUUUGCUCCAGCUCAGCUGCUGUCUAAGCUGCACGGCACCCACGGAAGACGAGGCCACGCGGGAGUCGUGACGGCACCACGGGGAUGCGCUGAAGCGACGAGCCGCGUUGGGUGUCGGUCGCGUCGGGUCCGGGACUCGCUCGGGAAUUCUCGGCGAUAUGAACCGCGCCGGGUCUCUGCACGCAGGCACUUUGUAAUCAUCAUCAUUAUAAUUAUUAACACAGUUGAGAACGCGUCACCGUGUGCCAUCUGUGACCGAGUUGACGCGUAACCGGAGGAGCGGCGUGCGAGUUACCGGGGCAAUCUGUGAAAUUCCGCGUGGGCGCUUGCAGUCGAGGGCAAUCAUCAGGCGCGUGCGGUGUGGAACGAAUUCGUGUCUGAACGCAGUCG